AUUGUCUGCUAUCGCUAGGUAUCCCUCCCGGACACCUAGGUAGUUCGUCUCAAGUUUCGUGUAAUACUCUCCGAUCCAUUACCAUGGAUCGCCAUACCACAUCGCCUUUUGCAUUACAACUCUUUUAUAGGACUGGCGCGUUUCACCGCCCCGAUGAGUUCACCACGGAUCCUCUCCCACCAAGCCUCACGCUUCACACUUGGCAUGACUGCACGCUAGACCAGCUAGCUCACCACAUUGCUGCCGCUGACGGCAAUCUCCUCCCCGAUCCCGCCAUCGGCACCCGUCUCGCCUUCAGACUCAUCUUUCAGGACACGCGGGGUCCCGCUUCCGCGAGCAAGUACACGGUGAAAGAGCUAGGCAGCAUCGUCAUCGGUGACGGCGGUCCCGGUCUGAACCCAGAAGACAUUGACGCUGAAACGACACUCGACGACACCAAUCCCCACAAGACGCUGAGUGACGCGCGGUUCGUCGUCGGCGACUACGUCUCCUGCGCUAUCCUACCGCCGCUUCCGGAUGGAUCCGUAGCCCCGGCAUCGAGUGCGCGGAUGGGGCGGGGUACGGGUGCUGGCGAAUCGAGGCUCGCCGUCGGAAGCGCUCCUAGCGAACCAUCGCGGGACAGGGAUAUACCCUUCGCACGUCACGGCCGUGGGAGGGGAGGGAUGGGGAAAGGCGGAUACGAGCACUUCGGCAACGCAAGGGCUCCUCGGGCCGGUGUACCUUCUGGCGAAUGGCGGCGCGGUGAGAGGCUGCCCGACAUGCCACCAGCUGGACGGCCAAGGAACAGAGGCAGGUUCUGAAAAGACAAAGCUUCGGCUAUUCGAAAAGAAAGAGAGAAAUCCAGGUUGUGCGAGAACCAGAAUCUAUCUUCAAGGACUUUUUAUCUUGAGACUGG